AUGGCCGCUGCGUCAAGGUCCGCGUCAAGCUCGAGCCAUGGAUCCGACGCAAGCUACCCAUACCCCGACAAUUCCGCCAUGCACGCUCCCGAAGAUACCCGUCCAUUCGCGCGCGUGAACGCCCUCCUCGUCGCUCUCCAUCCGCUCCUCGAGGCCCGUGCUGGCUCGCACAUCGCGUGGCAAACACCAUACCCUUCCCUCCCCCACACGCGUCUGCUCGACACCGUCGCCGACCUCUGCACCUUCCACCCCGCAUGCGCGCGAGCCGCCACCGCGCUCGAGGCGACUUCGACACAAAUAACCCUCUUCGUCGCCGCGUCGCCCCAAUCUCCUUCAGACGCUAUCACCAACGGUGCAUACUCAGGUUCAUGCUCGGCAUGCGUCGGCUCCCUCAACUCGCGCUUCAUCCCCGACUUCGAGAGCUGGGUAGACCGCGUAUGGCUCCUCGCCCGCGCACCUCGUCAGGCGGGCUUCGACGGCGUCACCGACCUCCCCGACUCACAGCUGGUCAUCGCGGUCUACAAGGCAUGUUACCCCGUUUUGCGCGACCGCAUCCGUGGAGAGCUCAGGGUGUGGGGCGUGCUGCGGCGGCUGGAGGAAUGGCGUCAAGAGGAAGCCGUUAUCGCGACACUCCCGCCUUCCUCCCCCACAUCUGAAGGGCCUUCGGACGGCAUGGACUGGGCGAGUGCUGGCCGCGAGGAGGGCUCGCAGCUGCCGUCACCGCACUCGGACGCGCUUACGCGCCUCUGCCGCGACAUCCGGAUCCUCCUCAAGCUCACCAAGGAGCAUGAGAUAAGAGAACCGUAUCAACUUCUUGCGAUCCACCAGGCCUGUCGACGCGUCGCGGCCCAGAUGCGCGUGCCCGACUUCCGAACGUUCUUGGGCAGCAUCUAUCAUGACGCCAUCCCUGCUAUUGACGAAGCAUGCACAUUAUCCCGCCUCGUGAACAACCUCAUCGCCCUCACCCGCUCCCAUACCAUGGUCGGUGCCCUUGCGGUGCCCUGGCACGUCGUGUGGCUGGAUACGAAUGGUGCCACCUCCUCGUACUCAGCGCCCGCGCCGGCAUUCCAGGCAACGCUCGACUCCGGCAUGCUCGCGGACUGGGUCGCAGGAAUCGACGGCUGGAAGGGCUCCGACCUCGGUGUCCUCCCAAGCUGUCCACCAGACGUCACGCGCUGGCCAUGGAGCGAGAUCGUGCGCCCUCUAGGCAAAGUCGCCGUUGCCGGCCUCGUUCGCGAGGAGGGCCGGAGCGGCAACGGCGUGCGAUUCUCGCGGUACGUCAUGGAACCAUGUCCCAAGGCGCAAGACUUCACCUCCACCCACGGCCACACGCACGGGAGCGUCGCGCUGCACUGCGAGACCCUGCUCCUUGCGCACCUACACAACUCCCAUGCCGUGUCUCACGCGUACAUCAGCGUCGCUGGGAUACACCCCGCCCCUCCCUUGACCUGCACGACCCCCUCCGUACUCGAGGACGUGGAGCUUGAAGAAGACGACGACGAUUGGACGCCAGCAUGUUACGCGUGCACCGCGCUCGCGCGCACGCUCGGAGACGUCGGCGGCUCCGGUUUCAUUCUCCGCGGACGCCCAGAUGCGGACUUCCGCGCGCGCACACGCGUCGUGCUUCCCUGGACAUGCCCCACCUUUGUUGAUCCGGCAGCCCCGGUGCCCACACCAAAAUUCGGUGCACUCAACGGCGUGCAAGCCCUGUCUUCCUCGAGCUCAAGCCUCCCGAUCUCUGCCUCUGGGCUAGUCUCUCCCCAGCCCAUGGCGCUGGAUUCCACUGCAACAAACACCUCGCUCGCGCUUGAGGGUCUGAUGGAGGACCUUCUACUUCGCGACCUGCAGAGCGUGCUCGUACGCGAAGCGGAAGGUGCUGUCGUGCGUCAGGAGAUCACGGCCCUGUGUCAGCUGCCGCUCGACGUCGCGCUUGACGUGGGGACUGCGCGGGCACGGACGCGGGACGGGGAAGGGCUUCGCCGCCGGCUAGAUCUGGCUCUGGCCGCGGCGUCGGCUGCGAUGUAG